GGUUGUUGGGGUGGUGGCGGGGUAGUUGAGAUGGUGGAGGAUGGUAGCGAGGCGGGCUGCCGAGGUGGGUGCGGGGGAAGAUGGGGAGAGGGCGGAGAGCAUCGUGGUGCGGCUUCCGGGGUCGAGAAGUUGGGGUGUACCGGGGCCUUAUACUGUAGCUUAUUGCAGAGGAGGACGUUCAAGGGACGGGGCCUUGCAUGCUUUGUGCGAACGAGUCCGAGAGCGAGGGCGUGUCGGAAUGAGACGUGGCAUGACCCAUGCGAUGCCUUUCUCCACAGCCAAGAAGGAAAGGGUUGAUACAGACGAGCAUUGCGCUCUCACCCGCUUCACCCCCGUUCACCGUCCUUCCGACCAACAUUAUCCUCCCAUCUCAAGUUAUCACCAAACGCGACAAUGGACACUCCUUCCUACACCAAAGUUCGCCUUGUGAAACCCAUCAAACGCACCCGCAAACCCCAAGUACCCGCCUCCUUCAUAUCGUCCUCUGAAGCUAUUAUCGCUUCCACACUCGUCUUCUUUUUGUUUUUGAGUGUAGUAAUCUUCAUGGUCAGCUCUAUGGCCAGCUUCGAGCGCGUUGCGAGACCAGUCGACAUGAAAAAAGCUUCAAAAGCGGAACAGGACGACUUUCUGAAAACACAGAUGUUCAAGUAUUUCGAUGGGAUGAGCUUUGUCAAGUCCCAAAUGCCGGGCGUAGACUUUUAUCAUUCCACUCUCGGUUUGAACGACAGUCGCCUUUGUUCCGAUGGGAGUCGGUUGGCGAUACUAGUUCCAGGGGCGAACAGUCUGCCGGGGAUUUGGUCUAGAUGGUUGUCGAUCCAUCGCUCUAUGGAAGUUGGGUCGAUGGCUCACUACGUAUCCCGCAUCCGUGACAAGGGGAUUCCCACCGUCGUCGUUCAACCUACUAAACGCAACGACAGUUACUUUAGUGACGUUUUGAGUUGGGUGGAGGCAGAGUGUCCAAACGCAGCAGUAGACAUAAUAGCUCAUUCUCGUGGCGGUCUUUCGGUAAUGAGGGCUCUAGGACAGCUGCAUCCGAUGCGGUUGGACUACAUUAGGACGGUUAGUUUGUUGGAUUCGGUGCACGAUGAAGAGCCCGAGUUGGAUAGAGACUGGUUGCAUUCUACCAUUUUGCAUUGGGUGGCGGAUAGCGGCAUCGUAGAACCAAAGGAUGGAGAUGCAGUCAAGAUAUUUUCAGCUGGGACAGACAGACACGAGGAGACGCCUUGGAUCGCGAUGGAAGCAGUGUUAGCACGUCUUUAGUAGCCGCGUUUCGUUCCCCGUAAACACUUUCUCCAAAUACAGUACAUCAACCAUAUCACAAUCGAUGCGAUUACAGAGGCAACUCCAUUCGCCGUGCAGCCGGACAGUACGGCGGUUUGAGUGCGUUUGCCAAGUGUGACAUCAAGAAAGGCGACC